CGGUAAACUUGGCAUGAGGAAAGCAGGUGGGUGAAUGAGGGUGGGUGUGACCAAUACCCACCAAGUUUGUUGCGCCGUUGUCAACCUCUCUGUCGUGGCUUCCAUGUUGUCGGCAAAUAGUCCCCUCACGACUGCCAUCCCAAAACACCCGGGGGGGCUUUCAGUUUUGGGCAAUGGUAUCCUGCACAGAGGGUGGGUAUCACCUACGAUGAAAGGCGACUACAAAUAUACGUUACUAGAUUCUGUUGUACGCUUUUUUUUUGGAGUUUCUGCAGGUUAUCCCGUCCGGCCAAAUAACUUUAACCAUCAGAUCAACAUUAACUCAUCAUAAGAACCGCCGCUUCUUCUUCAUUUUGGUCCCGUCCUUUUUUGCUUACAUCGCGAAGGAAAAAGGAGGGCCUACAGCGACGGUAUCGAUCAUCAGCAACCAACUACGACUUUUAUUCUCGUUGAUUCUUCGA